CUUCUACGGGGAGUUCGCAGUAGGACCCGGAGGAUCCCCCCGCCCUCGUCAACUCCGAAGUUGGACAAAUACACCUUUAUGUGGUCCCUGCCAAAAUAGCACGUAAAAAGGUUGCACAAAGUACUUCUUCUCAGUUACUGGAAAAAAAAAACUCUCCUGCUUUAAGCCUGUCAAUUGGCUCCAAGCACUUGACAGGAAAAUACAAUGGUUCCUGUUCUGCCAAACGUCUACCUAUAUAAAAAUGGGCAGGUAGCACGUUCUAACUGCGCUCUUUGAAACCUCCUUUCUCUGGACAUAACGUUGUUUUACAUAGAGGGCGAGGCAUUAAACUGAGAGGAUGAGUGCAUCCGUGGCUGUGUACAGGAAUAUUUACACAGAAGACCGUUUCAGACAGGCGUUCGGCGCAGACGACAGGCCGAGUGCGGGAGAAGCGCUCAGAGACCAGCUCGCAAAGCGCUGCAGGUGCUCCCAGGUUGCGUGCCUCCACCUGCUCAACGAACGGGUGCCUGUUCUCAAAUGGCUGCCCAAAUACAAACUCAGGAAAUGGAUUUUAGGAGACAUUGUGGCGGGAUUGACAGUUGGUAUAGUGCACAUCCCCCAAGGAAUGGCCUUUGCUUUGUUGACUUCCGUGGCACCGGUUUAUGGGCUUUACACGUCGUUCUUCCCUGUGAUCCUCUACAUGCUCUUUGGUACCGGGCACCAUGUCUCCACAGGUACUUUUGCUGUUAUAAGCCUGAUGACUGGCUCCGUGGUAGAACAGCUAGUUCCUGCUCCUCCUGCUUUGAACUCGAGUUCCUCUGAGGCUGUGGAGUUCGAGGCUCAGAGGAUUGGCGUGGCCUCCGCUGUGGCCUUCCUUUCAGGAGUGAUGAUGCUCUGCAUGUUCGGACUACAGUUAGGCUUCCUUUCCACGUACCUGUCGGAGCCCAUCAUCAAGGCGUUCACCAGCGCGGCUGCUUUUCACGUCACUGUCUCGCAGCUACAGAGCAUGCUGGGAUUACGGCUUCCUCGCUACAUGGGUGCCUUCUCUCUCUUCAAGACGCUGGCGUCCGUGAUGGAGAACCUGCCCCACACUAACCUGGCCGCGCUGCUCAUCUCUCUGCUCUGUUUGGCCGUGCUCGUUCCCGUUAAGGAGGUGAACGCGCGCUUUCGCCAGCGUCUACGCACACCCAUUCCCGUGGAAAUUCUCACGGUGAUAAUCGCCACAGGGGUUGCUUAUGCCUCCUCUCUGGAUUCCAGAUAUGAUGUGCAGAUAGUGGGUCAUAUUCCAGCAGGUUUCCCUCCACCUCGGUUGCCUGCUUUGCAGACAGUGCCGGACAUAGCUGGCGACACAGUGGCCAUCACCUUUGUUGGCUAUGCUGUGUCUGUGUCCCUAGCAAUGAUCUAUGCUGAUAAGCACGGCUAUGCUAUUCAGCCGAAUCAGGAACUGCUGGCACAUGGGAUAUCCAACACGGUGUCGUCCCUCUUUAGCUGUUUUCCCAGUUCAGGCACACUGGCCACCACCAACAUUCUGGACAGUGCUGGAGGAUGCACGCAGCUCUCGGGACUCUUCACGAGCUUGGUGGUGCUGAUCGUUCUGCUGCUCAUCGGUCCUCUCUUUUACUUCUUACCCAAGGCCGUGCUAGCGUGUAUAAACGUGACCAGCUUGAGGCAAAUGUUCCUACAGUUCCAGGACCUCCCAGAACUCUGGAGGGUUAGCAGAAUUGACUUUAUGGUGUGGGUGGUGACCUGGUUAUCGGUGGUCGUGCUUAACGUGGACUUGGGCCUGGCAAUCGGGGUCGUUUUCUCCAUGAUGACUGUAAUUUGUCGCACACAGAGAGCCGGCUGCUCAGUGCUGGGACGGGCCUCCAACACAGAGAUCUACCGGUCAAUCAACAACCACAAUAAGUGCUAUGAAGUUCCUGGAGUGAAGAUUCUGGCCUACAAUGGACCCAUCUACUAUGGCAACCGGAGUUUCUUUAAGGCAGACGUGAACCAGCUGUUGGGCCUUACUCCUGAACGUAUCCGCAGUCACGAGAAGGCCAGAAAGGCCCGGGAGAAGAGAGAGAGAGAGGCCAUCAAUACUGUGGAAAGAGGAGUAGCAAACAUGUCGUUUUCCUCAGACAAUGAGUUCUUCAAAUCAGAGAUGGCAGAGGAUGAAGUCCAGGCAGUACUAAUCGAUUGUAGCAGUGUUAUUUUUGUGGAUGUCGCAGGAGCCAAGCUUUUUAUACAGAUGUGUGUUCAAUGUCAGAAGGUGGGAAUGCAGAUAUACUUGGCAAACUGCAAUGAAAGUGUCUUAAAGAUCCUCACCUCCAGUGGCCUCAUGGACUAUAUGAACCCACAGCACAUCUUUGUCACGGUCCACGAUGCUGUCGCACACAUUCAGCAUCACAGGGAGAAGCCUUCAGAAACUGACACAAUGAUUUGGGUGUGAAGGCCUAAAUCUACUUUAACCUGAGGAUGUCCAGACUUCGGGGGUUGGAAACGCCUUUUUAGAAUUCCACCAUGUUUUUAUUAAUCAUUUGUGCCCUUAACGAUGGGUGUGGCAAAGGGAAUCGCUCUCUUGUUUUGUUCCAGUCUUGAAAGUAAAAUAUCUAUCUGGAACUAGCAGACACAUAUAUGGAUGAUUUAUUUUGGUAAUUAUUUAAGAGCAGUACCAUAUAGACAAGUUAACCCUAAUGAGAGUAAAGGUUUUCUAUCCAUGGCUGUGUGGAGCAGUGAGUUCCUAAUGGACUGGCGUGGAAAACCCCUGCCUUACACUGUACAGCUGCCUUAGGAAAGCUUCUGUGUCUACACAGUAGAUCUGUUUCUCUUCCAGUGCUUGAUUGACAGUAGCUCUUGCUAGGUCUAGCAUUUUGACAACUGGCGUAAUGUAAGUCACUUUAUGGCUGUGGUAGCUAAUAAUGUUAAGGUUUGCACUUCUGUCCCAUGUCUGUAGGAUGUACAGAUUAACACAGAGCUCGGAAGACACAGUUGCUGUAUAUAUUCGUGUGUCUUGAAAAUUUGUGUGCACCAAAACAUCAGAUCAGACAUGAGCCCACGCACAAGCGCGCGCGCACACACACACACACCUGAUCAGUUUCUUUGAAUUUGCAUAUUUAAGUAAAAGGAUUAACUUGCUCAUGGCUAGGCCUACAAACCCUGUUCCAUAUAUUUGAAUGCUGGAAAAAAGUAUUUAUUUCCAUUUCUUAUAUUUGUAAAUGUUUAAAAUAUAUAUAUAAAGUUUUAAACUAAAGAAAAAUGCACUGAAUGGUCAAAAUGUAUUUUGAUGGAAAUAUGUUCACCUUUGACUAUCAAUUUCUGUCUUAUGUAUUAUGGAAAUAAUAUUCAUAACUCACUGUAAACACAGUAAAAUACUGUGGCAGUCAUCAGAGCCAGGGCUGUAAUACCUUGAUUAAAUAUUAAACAGUUUUUACAUUU